GUCACCUCUGUGCUCCAUUCAUCAGCUGGACUUCACGAUGCAUGUUUCAAUAUUUCUAAAAACUUCUUUGCCACAAGUGAGCUGCUGCACAACAUGCUGCAAGCAGUACCACUGCCCUAUUUGCCCUAAGCUGAAGUCAUUUCCACUACCGAAGUUUGAUCAACACAUGGCUGUACAUGUAAAAAAUGCAGUUGAUUUUCAAGAUAUGUUUAUUUGCCGCUGCAACCUACCGUGCAGAGACCCGGGUCAUUUCCAUUGCCCCCUGUGUGACAGAACGGUGAUUCGCAGAAUGGAUAUGGAAUCCCAUCUUAAGCUGUGCUCCGCCCAGUGCCUCCCUGCAUCGAAUGAACAGAUCCCUUCUCCUCACCAACCAUCGGUUGUUUCCCCUACUUCUUCUUCAAAAGAUGCGCCUGUUCCAGUUGUUGCCUCUCCUUCCACAGCAGCCUCACCGGUUUCUCCCCCUCCUUCUCCAAAAGCUGCUCUUGCAUCAAUUGCCUCCUCUUUUUCAUUGACUUCUUCUCCUCCUCAAGACACAUCCACACAAGUCACCCCGGAGCCACAGCAUUCCAAAACACCAAAAGCGCAGUACAAGCAGGUGAAAUGUCCUGUCUGUAGCCUGACAUUGUACCAGAAGAAUUUCCAGAAACAUAUGAAAAGGAAACACACCGAAGGAAAGGAGAUAACAGCUCAGGAUCACCUGAAGAGUGUCUGUGUAGACGCAACCAAUGGCAUAUCUGCAGUGAAGAGAAAUAAGCAUGGCUCCUCUGUGCCAAUUCAUGUUCAGAGUAAAACGUGGGGGCACGUUCAUAAAGUGCAGUGUGAGCUGGAGGAGUGCAGGCAAUAUCAUUUAUUGGCAGUACGAAGUGGACUUGCGUCCAAGCACUGUGAGCACAUCCGCUCACUGCAGUACUGCACAGACACUGCGCAGGAGGAGUGCCUUAAAGAGGAGACCUUAACGGCUAUGGUGCAGCAAAAUAUUUUAGAGGAGGCAAAAAAAGUAGCCUGUCUAAAACGACAAAGUCAGGCUCAAGCUUCCCAUGUGCCCCUCUGUGUCCAGGUCAACCUGCAGGACACCCAGGGACGAUUUAGUUUUCUAUUCAUGAACCAAGGCUGCACCAUUACAGUCGCAUCGGCAGAUUAAUGGUCACAUACAAUCAAAGAGAAAACACAUGGUGCUGUCCUUGUGCCAAACCGAGUGUGUCAUGUGUCCACAAAAGUAUUUGCAAAUGGCACUUGUUUCAACAGGAUCCAAACAUCUUUAAAACAGUGACAGCUUUACCAUCCACGCCCAAAAAAGCCCCAAGCUCUGAGUAUCCUCCAUCAGAUGAACGUUUAAAGCAGCUGGUGCAGUAUCUGUAUUUUAACAAACGACUCCCACAAAACAUCCCAGAUGACCUCACCAAGCCAAGAGAAGGAAAAGACUUUUUGACGGAGCUCCAUCCAGCAGAAAAACUAUGUGCUGUCUGUCCCGGGUCAGUACAGCUUGGCAAGUCCUCCAAAAUCACCCAGAACGCAAAAAUUGUAACAAUGAAUGGAAUAAUUAAGAAUGUCUCAACGUAUUUCAAGCAGUGUCCAAGUUGCAGUUCAGUGUAUCGAUACCAGGAGUGGACGGAUGGCCUCCAUAAUUUCAAUGAUCACGUGGUGUUAAGCCUCGAGCUGUGCUUGUUUUUGAGGCACAGCCUGCAGAACAGAGUCUCAGUGUCAAAAGUCAUCAACUCACUGGAAAGCUUGAGGAAUGAGA